AUGUCGUCCAACCCAGGAGGCAGCCGACCGGGGACCGCGCGACAACGUUCCGGAAGCGAAGCCCCGUCGAACCGACCGAUCUCGAUCGACACAUCCUCAAAACGGCCAGAUAUUAGGGAGCGGUCGCAAUCGGUCUCUCACAAUGAUGGACAACAGGCACAGGCCCCCGACACAGGAUUCGAUAGCACCGAUCGAGUUUUCCCCAUAAGAUCGGUCGUCUCAGUUGACCCAACAGCUGCCCAAGCUGUGCAUUUAAUACAGCCACGGGUCUCAGACCCCCCCCACAAGCUCAGUCUCAGACCCCCCCCGCAAUGCCAGUCACCGCCGCCAGUAUAUCCCUCUGUCGAAACGAGCCUAGAACCUACGAUCCCUGCCGAUGUUCCUCGCCACAAGACCUAUGCCACAAAUGAUGAAACGGAAUUGGGUGCACACUCCAUGGCAUCCGAGGUGGCUCAACAUCCGGAAAUAUUUGCGAAGGCCAAGAGUGAAAGCCGCUCGGGGGUUGGCUCUGCGAGAUACCCGGAGCAGUGGCAGCAGCAGCAGCAAGGAGAGCUACAAACACCGUCACCACAUACACAAGAUGAGCAGUAUGGACAUGUCACUGCACGCUUCAAACAUGUAGAGACUGAAGGUGGACACGCCGUUAUCACGGGAAGGGAUGGUGAGGCAUUCCAAUAUUGCGAGGACGAGCCGAUCCGAUUCCCGGGUGCUGUGCAGACUUUUGGUCUCAUGAUUGUGAUGAGAGAGGAGUCGCCAAACCAACUCGUCGUUCGCAUUGUCAGUGAAAAUUCCACCCAAAUCAUGGGCUACACCCCAAAACAGCUUUUCGAGCUUCCCAACUUUUGCGACAUUUUGAGCGACGACCAGGCCGACACCUUACUGGACCACAUCGACUUCGUUCGAGAUGACGCCUAUGACCCGGUCGUCGAUGGCCCCGAAGUCUUCAUCAUAUCAAUACCUCUUCCUUCUGGAGGUGAACGUCGAUUUUGGUGUGCCGCCCAUGUCAGUCAGUCUGAGAAAGAUAUGAUUAUAUGUGAAUUCGAAAUGGAAGACGAUGAGGUCAAUCCAUUGAAUGUGGCCGGACUUACAACUCCAACCAUUCCAGUUGACACAUUGAAGGGCAUGCCAAGCGCAGAACAGUUUGCUGCUAGCACCAUUAACCUCAGUCAACCACUUCGUGUUCUUCGCAACGCCCGAAGACGAAGGGGUGAAGCAGCGGCAAUGGACGUGUUCAGCAUGUUGACCCAGAUCCAAGAACAGCUCGGCCGGACCACCGAUCUAGACCAAUUACUCAACGUUGCAACUGGUCUAGUCAAAGAGCUUACGGGAUUCCACCGAGUUUUGAUCUAUCAGUUUGAUAGCAGCUGGAAUGGUCUCGUUGUUGCGGAACUUGCCGACCCCAAAGCUUCGAUCGACCUUUACAAGGGACUUCACUUCCCUGCAUCCGACAUCCCCGCCCAGGCCCGCGAGCUAUACAAGAUAAACAAAGUUCGUCUUCUAUACGACUGCGACCACGAGACUUCACGUCUAGUUUGCCGCACGGUGGAGGAUCUGGAAACCCCUCUGGACAUGACACAUGCGUACCUCCGAGCCAUGUCCCCGAUUCAUAUCAAAUACCUGCGUCACAUGCAGGUGCGAUCGUCAAUGUCUAUCAGUGUCAAUGCCUUCAACGAGCUCUGGGGACUUAUCUCAUGUCAUUCCUAUGGUGAUCAUGGUAUGCGUGUUUCAUUCCCCGUUCGGAAGAUGUGCCGACUUCUUGGAGACACUGUUUCUCUAAAUAUUGAGCGACUUUCAUACGCAUCUCGACUGCAAGCCCGGAAAUUAAUCAACACGGUUCCUACAGAAGCUAACCCUUCUGGCUAUAUCAUUGCCUCGUCCGACGAUAUGCUUCAACUUUUCGGUGCUGAUUAUGGUGCUCUAUCAAUCCGCGACGAAACCAAAAUCCUGGGCGAUAAUGAACACUCACAAGAAGUUCUUGCUCUUCUGGAAUUCAUUCGAAUGCGACAAAUCAAUUCUGUGAUGGCAUCACACGAUAUUAUCAAAGAUUUCCCCGAUUUGUAUUAUCCGCCAGGUCUAAAGGCAAUCUCGGGAAUGCUCUAUGUCCCCCUAUCGACUGGUGGAAAUGACUUUAUCGUUUUCUUCCGCAAGGGCCAGCUUACUGAAAUCAAGUGGGCAGGAAAUCCCUAUGAUAUUGCCAAAAAGAAAUCUACUGCAGGCUAUCUGGAACCGCGCAACAGUUUUGCAGCGUGGCGGGAAACUGUCCUGAGUCAAUCACGCGAGUGGUCCGAAUCUGAUGUCGAGACAGCUGCAGUUUUGUGCCUCGUCUAUGGAAAGUUCAUCAAAGUGUGGCGACAGAAGGAAGCCGCUAUGCAAAACUCGCAGCUCACGAAGCUUCUACUUGCUAAUUCUGCCCACGAGGUUCGCACACCUCUCAACGCCAUCAUCAACUACCUCGAAAUUGCGCUGGAAGGAAGUCUUGACGCCGAGACCCGUGACAGUUUGACAAAAUCGCACUCCGCCUCCAAAUCACUCAUCUACGUUAUCAAUGAUCUCCUGGAUUUGACGAACACCGAAAAGGGCCAGGAUCUCAUCAAAGAUGAAAAAUUUGACCUUGCGGCUACUUUCCGAGAGUCCAGCGAGAUGCUUGCUGGUGAGGCAAAGAGGAAAAACAUCUCAUAUUCUGUUUCCGUCCAGCCGGGCAUCCCUCCACUAGUCAUGGGCGACCAGCGACGCUUGCGGCAGGUCUUCUCUAACCUCAUUUCCAACGCCAUCCAACAGACCGUUUCUGGAGCGGUUACUGUGGAAUUAUGGCCUUCGGUGACCCAGAACCUAGAAGGUUACAGCGCCAUUGAGAUGAUGGUUAUCGACACCGGCGCCGGCAUGUCUAAGGAGAAGCUGGAAGCUAUGUUUCAAGAGCUUGAGGAGGUCUCGAAUGAUGCAGAUCACUAUGACGGCGAACAGAACUCAGAGGAGGGACCGGAGACUCGCAGCAGCGGAUCUCGGCAGGUCCUUGGUCUGGGCCUUGCGCUCGUGGCUAGGAUCGUUCACAACAUGCGGGGUCAACUGGGCGUGAAAUCAGAAGAGGGCAAGGGAAGUCGUUUCAAGAUCAUGUUGCAGUUCAAGUUGCCAGAGGGAGUUGCACCCCCUCAUUCCACCGCAACAACCUCCCCAGCACAAUAUGUUUCUGUCCCACCCACGCCUAUGAUUUCAGACCGAGAGUUCACUUUAGUCGGGGGUGUUUCCGAGAGUCGGGAAGUACGCCGACAAAGCACCGAGAGCCUUCGAAGCGGUGGUAGCUCUCGCAGUGGGAAGAGUCAGAAGAGUCAGGCCGACAGACUUAUCAGUGCAAUGAAGGAGGCCCCGUUUAGCAAGUCUCGGAGCGAAAGCAUGGACAGCAAGCACGUGAGGUUCCAACCGACCAGCCCAAGUGGCAGCCAGCUUUCACAAGCUAUCGCGUCUCCGCUUAGCGACAAGCGGCUUUCGUCACAGAACCCUCUCGCAAGUCUGGGCGCCGUGACGCAUACUCCUCCGAUGACAUUGCAAGCAUUGAAGACCCCACCUACCCCGGGCACGGCAAAUAUCCAGGAUUCUGGAGUUCCGAUGAGCGCCGUUCGCGUUUCUGGACGUGUCUUGAAACAAGCGGUGCAGACGCAGAUGCAGCAACAAGAAGGACAAUCCUACUUCCCUCGAAUGCCAAAUGAGAAAGUAGGCACCGCUGAAACCAUCUCGUCUAAUAUCCCAUCUUCUACAACUCCAACAUCAACUGUCCCGGCGCACGCCGGAAUAUUGCGCGUCCUCGUUGCAGAAGACGACCCAAUCAAUUCCAGGAUUAUCCACAAGCGCCUGACCAAGUUGGGCCACACGGUCGAAUUAACUGGUAACGGCGAAGCUUGUGCGAGUGCAUUUUGCUCUAAUAGCAAGAGUUUUGAUGUUAUCAUGAUGGAUAUACAGAUGCCCAUCGCAGAUGGAUACGCCGCCACCCGAAUGAUCCGCGAAUACGAAGUAAACGCCACCCCCGAAGCCCUCUCCGAGAAAGCCCAGCGAAACUCCCGAGUCCCUAUUUUCGCAGUAUCUGCCUCUCUCUGGGAGUCCGAGUAUCAGAAAUAUAUCGAUGUCGGGUUUGAUGGCUGGGUUAUGAAACCGAUCAAUUUUGCGAGACUUAAUGUUCUUCUUAGCGGUCUUGUUGAUCUUGACGUUAGGAAGAGCGCGACUUAUACGCCAGGUGAAUGGGAAAAUGGGGGGGGUGGUUUGAUCAUCGCUGAACCUUCGAUUGAUUUGAUAAAUAACUACUGCGCCAACACACAAAACAAACACAUCUACUUACUUCACUCCGACCUCAUUCAAAAACACCAUUUCCGAUUCCUCAUGCAUUUUCAUCGCGGAGCAACGUGGGAACCAGUCCACGAUGUAUAUCACAGCGCAUAUGACGUAUCGACGACUUCCUUAAAUACUGCAUAA